AUGGAUUCCUUCAACAACGCCAAUCUUCCUCUAGCGGGGUUUGACUUCCAACAGGCUCUGAAUGACGCGGAAGUGGAAGCGGCCAAUGACACGACGGCAGAACAACAGGUAUUUGCUGACAAUGUCAAUACAAACCCUGAACCCGGACUUGGGAACACACACCGCGGGUACCAGAACAUGCCUGCUGCCGAUAAUACGACCAUUGCUCAGCGGUCGUUUGGCCACACAAACAUGAGUCCUGCCCCCCAGCUCGGGAAUACUCAAACCGCACAAUAUCAGAAUAUGCCGGAUGCCAGUAACACGAUAAUCCCACAAGAGCCAGCUGAUAACAUCAACACAGACGUCGUUCCCCGGCUUGGGUAUACCAUGCCCGGAUACCAGACCAGAGCUGCUGCCAAUAAUGCCAUCGUCAAUCAACAGUCAUCUGUUAGCACCAACAUGAACGUCGGCCCAAGACUAGGAUAUACCCAGUCCGGAUACCAGCAGACACACCGUGUACAUGACAUUCCCCUGUAUGAACAGCCACUCGUCGACAUCAUGGGACAGAUUGAAGCCCAAGGGUUUUCGAUCUAUGGAAGACCAUGCAAUGUAAUCCAUGCUCUUGCUUUGCACGCCUGCCGCCGAGGUCCAACCGGAAUCGCCGAGCUUCGAGUAACUCUCCAACGUGUGGUUGCGGCAGCCCCAGUCUCCUUCACUGCAGAUCCUGGAAACUGGACCUGGGAUCAAAUGAUGAAUGUGAUCAAUAGCACAAUUCAAUAUCACAAUCAGCAACCUCACCAUCCUAUCCCUGGGACCGCAUCUCAAGUGACUCACUGCAUGAACCAGCCACAUGCUGUCCAGAUGAUCAAUCAGCCAAGUGCUUUUCAACAGACCAAUCAGCCAAGUGACAUUCACGGUAGCAAUCAGCCAGGUGCUUUUCAGCAGAGCAAUCACCCAAGUGCUUUUCAACAGGUCAAUCAACCAGCUGGUAUUCACGCAUAUAACCAACCAAGUGCUGUUCCCACGACCAAUCAACCAGGUGUCAUUCACGGUAUGAAUCACCCAAGUGCUGUUCACCAGACCAACCAGCCAUACCAAAAUCAAAGCCAGUCACUUCACAACCCUGCCCUUAGCGCCCCUCAACACCAACAUCUUGGAGUAUAUAAUCCUCCUCUUCUUUUCCAGCAACCUCCUUCUCUCCCUUCCCAAGGCCCAGCCCAGCAGAUGGCAGGAGUCGGGGCCACGACCGGGGCUCAGCCCACCCCGGAGUGGAACCCCAAGGACUACCUGUACAUCUGCGACAGGUGCGGGAAGGGAGAGAGGGCGGGAAGGGACUUUGGCCGCCACGCCCGGAAUGGCACCGGGCGUGCUGGCUUCAGGGCCCUCCGUCGGGUGCCUGAGGACGGGCCUCCCCAGACCUGGAGGGCGGAUGGCAACAAUGGAGAGGUGUACACCGGGCCGAUGCGGUAUCACCCUGGCAGCGACGAUUUCCCAGUGCCACAUUCAGACGUUUGUGUCCGCAACAAGAAGGCCUGGGAGAAGCAGAGAGAGCAGGGCGGGCAUCGGCCAAAGACAGUGGGCAGGCGUGGCGGCCAGGCAGGAGGCGCAAGCCAACAACAGCAGGCAAUGGCGUCAUGA